AAGGCGGCACUUGGCAGCAGCCCCUCAGUGGGCCGUUGUGUAUCACCCCGGCAGGGGCGGUCACGUGAUGACCGCAAAGCGUCGUCCGGCGCGACAGCGUGACACGCAAACGGCGCGACAGGCGCGGCGUACGGGCGGCGAUAGCUGCGAGAGGGGUCUGAGGGCUGCGGCUGCUGCCUGGGGCAGGCUGAGAGCAGAGGAGGCGGCGCCGCCAUUCCCUGGCUUCCUGUAUCCCCGCUUCCUCUAGGGCUCCCAGCGCGGCUGUGCAUGUGAGGAGGGGUCCCCGGGGCAGAGACGGAGAGGGGGAGAAGGGCGACCUGUUUCCCUCCCCCUGUGCGCUCGGAGCCUCCCUCCAACUCCCCCAGGUGCUCGGACCAGAGCCGCAAUGGCGUCCAACACGGACAGGGAGAUCAUCCUGACCGACUACCAGGCGGCACUCAAGACCGCUUAAUAAAGAAGACAAGGACCCCGUAGAUGAAAUAUCAAAGUUUCAAUCUGUGUAUUUCAAGAUUUUCAUCAGGAUAAAUGACAUACACAAAUUCUCACCUUAUAAAGGAACACCACGUGAAACACGCUCCGAGCUCGUCACAGACGUGGCUUCAGUGACAUCAACUUAAUCAAUUAAAACACCUUUCACCAAACUACAAGUACGCUUGGAGCAGUACAGAAUACCUAACCAGCAGUUGAUAAGAAGCAGAUACUUUAUUAGACGUGGGAUCCCUCUUGAGUAUCUAUAACUUGAUAGUUUCUGUGUUGUAAAUCUUUUUAAGGGAUUGAUGCAGUCAUACUAUUUUUAUACAUUACCAGAACCCAGAAGCCACAUAGUUGACACCAUGGGUAUUAAUCAGAAAAUAGACUUCUCUGACCCUCUAUCACAGCCAAAUUUGGAUGAAAUAAAGGAUCAAAUCAAGCGUGAAAUUAGAAAAGAACUUAAAAUCAAAGAAGGAGCAGAAAACCUUCGGAAGGUUACCACGGACAAAAAGAAUUUGGCUUAUGUUGAUAAUAUUUUGAAAAAGUCAAAUAAGAAACUUGAAGAACUACACAACAGUCUGCAAGAGUUGAAUGCACAUAUCGUUGUACGAGAAGCAGAAGAUCUACCAGAUUGUCCCAAGACACCAGACACUCCAAAAAGUGACUCCGGCUCAUCUACGAACAAUGGAAGGCUGACAGCUUUGCAGAAGCAGUUAGACAUUGAGCUGAAAGUGAAACAGGGAGCAGAGAACAUGAUUCAAACCUAUUCUAAUGGACCUUCAAAAGACAGGAAGCUGCUUGGCACUGCCCAACAAAUGCUUCAGGACAGCAAAACAAAAAUAGAAGUCAUACGCAUGCAGAUUCUCCAAGCAAUGCAGCAGACCAGUGAAAUGUCCUUUGAUAAUGAGAAACCUGUGAUUAGUCCCCUUGAGCUCCGAAUGGAAGAAUUGCGGCACCACUUUAGGAUAGAAUUUGCAGUGGCUGAAGGAGCAAAGAAUGUAAUGAAGCUGCUAGGGUCUGGGAAAGUUACAGAUAGAAAAGCUCUUACCGAAGCUCAGUCAAGAUUUAAUGAGUCAAGUCAGAAGCUGGACCUUUUGAAGUAUUCUCUUGAACAAAGACUUAAUGAACUCCCGAAAAACCAUCCUAAAAGUAGUAUUAUCAUUGAGGAGCUUUCUCUGGUUGCGUCCCCAACACUGAGCCCGCGACAAAGUAUGAUCUCCACACAGAACCAGUAUAGUACACUCUCCAAGCCAGCUGCUCUAACAGGUACCCUAGAAGUCAGGCUCAUGGGAUGUCAGGAUAUUCUGGAGAAUGUCCCUGGCAGGUCCAAGGCCACUACCGCUACCCUCCCUGGCUGGAGUCCGAGUGAAGCCAGAUCCUCCUUUAUGAGCAGGACAAGUAAAAAUAAAAGUGCCAGCAGUCGGAAUCUCCUGAAGACAGAUGACUCUUCCAAUGAGGUUUGUGCUGUGUUGAAGCUGGACAAUACCGUAGUUGGUCAGACCAACUGGAAACCUAUUUCCAACCAGUCUUGGGACCAGAAGUUUACACUGGAGCUGGACAGAUCCCGGGAAUUGGAGAUUUCAGUGUUCUGGCGGGAUUGGAGAUCACUGUGUGCAGUAAAGUUUCUGAGGUUAGAAGAUUUCCUGGACAAUCAGCGGCAUGGCAUGUGUCUGUACCUGGAGCCACAGGGCACUCUCUUUGCAGAGGUUACCUUUUUCAAUCCAGUUAUUGAAAGAAGACCGAAGCUUCAGAGGCAAAAGAAAAUAUUUUCAAAACAACAAGGUAAAACAUUCCUUCGAGCGCCACAGAUGAAUAUAAACAUUGCCACUUGGGGGCGAUUGGUGAGAAGAGCAAUACCCACAGUCAAUCACUCUGGCACCUACAGUCCGCAGGUCCCGGUUACCAGCUCCGUUCCGAUUGUAGACACGCGGAAUGUAGAAUUAUCGCCAUCAGUCAGAAGUGAUUCUCCUACAGGCAAGUUGGACUUUGAACUAGAACCAGAAGCGCCAACCGCUCCACCUCGAGACUCUUCAUUAGACCUUGACCUAUAUCAGUCUUCAUCAGAAAUGAAGACACCAGGCAUGCCAGCUCAGGACACGGGACCAGUUUAUGAAUUUUCAAAUAAUAGAAACAGUGUAGCUACAAAAUCCACAACAGACCUAACGAAUGAAGGGGACAUCACAGUAUCGGACCUGGAUUACAGUGCACUACGAGAGGCGGAGGACAGACGAGUGCAGCAGCGGUUUCAGUUCAGUCUGCAGGACUUCCGGUGUUGUGCAGUAUUGGGAAGAGGGCACUUUGGAAAAGUGCUGUUGGCAGAGUAUAAGAACACUAAUGAAAUGUUUGCUAUCAAAGCCUUAAAAAAAGGAGAUAUAGUAUCCCGUGACGAGGUUGACAGCCUUAUGUGCGAAAAACGCAUCUUUGAAACUGUGAAUAGUGUGCGGCACCCGUUUUUAGUGAACCUGUUUGCUUGUUUCCAAACCAAAGACCACGUCUGCUUUGUAAUGGAAUACGCUGCUGGAGGAGACCUAAUGAUGCACAUCCACACCGAUGUGUUUUCUGAGCCUAGAGCUGUGUUCUAUGCAGCGUGUGUGGUUCUUGGCCUUCAGUAUUUACAUGAGCACAAGAUUGUCUAUAGAGAUUUGAAGUUGGAUAAUCUGCUGUUGGAUACAGAAGGAUUUGUGAAAAUUGCUGACUUUGGUCUUUGCAAGGAAGGAAUGGGCUUCGGGGAUCGAACCAGCACUUUCUGUGGAACCCCAGAGUUCCUGGCCCCAGAAGUACUUACAGAGACAUCGUACACAAGAGCGGUUGACUGGUGGGGGCUGGGUGUCCUUAUUUAUGAAAUGCUGGUUGGAGAGUCCCCCUUUCCUGGAGAUGAUGAAGAGGAAGUAUUUGACAGUAUAGUCAAUGAUGAAGUCAGAUAUCCACGGUUCCUGUCUACAGAAGCCAUCUCUAUUAUGAGAAGACUGUUGAGGAGAAAUCCAGAGCGCCGUCUAGGGGCAGGUGAAAAGGAUGCGGAAGAUGUGAGGAAACAUCCGUUCUUUAGACAUAUAGACUGGCACGCAUUAUUGGCGAAGAAGGUGAAACCUCCAUUCGUGCCCACAAUCAAAGGACGGGAGGACGUGAGCAAUUUUGACGAUGAAUUUACCUCAGAAGCCCCCAUUUUAACCCCUCCCCGGGAGCCAAGGUUAUUAACAGAGGAUGAGCAAGAAGCAUUCAGAGAUUUUGACUAUGUUGCGGAUUGGUGCUGAGAGAGGGGGACACUGUGAAACUGGAGAGACAUGGCUCACAAUAUGACAACCGAAAAAGCAAAUCGUUCCUCACUGCUUUGUGCCAUCUACAGCUCCUGACUUUUUUUUCUUUUAAAAUCACAUGAAGAUUCUUUUUAAAGUACUUUGUAAUACAAAUGUGUGUGAACUCUACAGCAGAGUGGCCACUUCCAACAUACACCCAUAUUAUUUUUAUAACUGAGCACUGGAAAGCAACUUUUAUACCUGGUCUGUUAACACAAGGAUGCAGGCCCUGCAAUACUCCCUUACAUAUCUGUCCUCCAUCCUCUUGCUGACUCUCUCUACUUGCGGAUAACAGAACUUUGGUCUAGAACAAAUAUAUUUAAUUUUAAAAGUUAAAUUCAAGGAGCAGCCUUAGCAACUUUAAGGCUCAAGCUUUGCAAUAAUCCUUUUCAUUACCCAGAGAAGAUACUGUUAAAUGUUUUAGAAUUUUUUUUUCUUUACUUUCCAAACAGAAGAAAUUAUGCUUUACAUAGACCUUGAUCUCUAAAUGUUUUUGGGGUAAGGUCGAUCAAAAAACUUUUCAAGCAAGAGCCUCUAAAACUCGGAUGGUCAAAAGUCUGUAAUCUACCACAUAUAAUGUACUGAUCUGGCAUCUAGAGUUAAUUUGGUUUUCAGUUACAAUGAGCUUUGCUUUGGUGAAGUAAUACACUUUAACAGUUCAUUAUUGUGUUGGACCUGGGUCGUUGUCUAAUUUGACUCCACAGACACUGGUUGCAGCUAGUGUUCUUUCAGAACAUAUAGAUUUUCCAGAAACCAACAGUGCAACAGUAGAACGUCCACUAUAGAGAACUAGAACACAAAAGGACAACUAGCUCCAUCUCUCCAUUACUGCUAACACUAUUCUAAGUGUUGCUGGUUAUAUAAGGGUCAGGCAUGAUUCGACUGAGGCAUUGAUAAGACACCUAUAGAAGGGAUAUCCUGAAAAGUAGACUUGGCUACUUGAAUAAAUGAUUGUCUGUGCAUUGUGUACUUGAUCAAACUAACCAUGUUUACAAAAAAAUGUAGUCUCUAAUGUAGCUGCAACCCACCGCCUUCUGCCCAGGUUUCAAUGGAUGCACCGUGCAUUUGCAAUAUGCUGCUGUCUGCGUUUUCUGCAUUGCAGAAGUCCGUAAGCCAGUUAGCACAGCAGUCCACCUUUGAAUGUAAUACCACAAGUUAUCUGUCUACAUCUUGUCCUGUUCAUCGUUGUCUUUGGGUUUGCAUUAAUGAACUGCAACAAGAGAUGCCUUGUUUAUGUGAAGUCCUACAAUAUUUAUUAGAGAGAGAAAAAAAAAAGUUUGUCCAUUGUUAUAUUUUUUUAAUGCCUUAACUCUUGUGAGACAACCAUGAGCUUCCAACAGGGAAUUACACAAAGUGUACCAAAGUCACUUGCCAAAUACUUUGCCUUGCAGCAUUCUAACUACAUAGAUGUCAGUGUGUCAACCAACACAUUGCUCAACAGUGGUGUUAUGGCUACUGUGCCAAUGAAUUCACUAGCCGAGGAAAGAGCAAGACAUUUGCAUGAUGUACACACUACUUCUAUGAAAGGGGGAACAGUCAGAUAAACUAUCAUUGUAAUUGUGACUAUAUACAAAUGCAUUUUACAUGUUAAAUUGAAAAUAACAGUCAGUCUGUACCAGACUUCAGUGAAAAUGUUUCUGUUCUGUACUAGGACUCAUGUUGCAGUAUAGCAUCCAGUAGCAACUAAGCACACGUUGGCUUUCUGCUUUAUAAAGUCGACUAGUAACUUGGUUGCUCAAGGUUACAGCAUAUUCAUGUGCACCGUGGUAAGUACCUAGGUACUUGCACUGUAGACUGUGUAUUGGGCUCCUUCUGAAAAGAAAAAUGCAAGUUUAAUUUUUAAAUCUUUUAACCACGCGACAAUCAGUGAGUACAGAUGGCAUGAUUUCAGUCAACAGAAAGGCUUGUGGGCUGCUUUUAAAUGAUCGUGCUCCUGCUUGAGAAAAUGCUCAGAAAAAGCUCUUGCGUUUCCUAUAUUUUUAGUAACUGUUCCUUUUCAUAUCCCACGCAUUGCUGUAUUCCCCAAAUUGUAACCGUGCAGUUGUUUUAAUUUACAAAGUGCUCCUUUAGUAAUUGAAAAUGACAGGGUUGAUAGAUGGCCUCCAAUACUUGGAGAUGAAGUGCUUUCUGGGUCAGCCUGUACCUAAGCUACGAUCACGUAUCUUAUGCAUACCCUACACUAGUAUUUAUGGAGCAUGCAAUCUUUCUGGGUGUGAACACCUUGGCAAUGACCACAUGGACGGGAGAUAAUCUACUAUUUGAUUUUUAAAAAAAAGUACACUAAACCAACACUCGGGCCACUGGAUUUCUCAUUCUUACGCAUCUGAGGGUAAACGCAAUAUGUUGUAACAGAAUGUAUAAAUAUUUUUGAUAAUAUUGUAUAUUUUAUAAUCCUAUUGUAACACUAAUUGUAGCUGUACCUCAAAGCCUGAAGAUAAAGCUUAUGUUCUGCCUUUUUACUGACUGUUGGGCUCUGUUGGACCCUUCCAACAGUAGAGAGAUUAAUAUUAUAUAUUUUGUUUACUAGAGUUCGGAAACUAGUAAAUGUCUUGUGUGUGUCUGAGAUCGCUCAUAUUUCCUUGUUUAUCUGGGCUGGAGAUGGUAGGAUACAGGAAGUACCUCACAUCGGCUAGACAUGACGUGAAAAUCAAUCCGCUUUGGUGAGAAACUCUGUAUCAAGGAAUUGUCAUUUGAUAUCCAAAUAUUUUAUAGUAAAUUAAUUUAAAGUGUAAAGAACUGUAUCCAGCGUUUUAAACUGCAUCUGUUCUUUGUACACAGCAGAGGAUGCCAUUUUGUUAUGUGCCUCAAUAUUCCUGAGAAUGCAGUCAUUCAGACAGGAACUGGUCACAUGACUGAUGUUCCGUAGUCCUCUAGGAUGUUCCUAGAAUUGAGUCUGGAUUUUCGUGAAUAUUGGCAUAAACAACAAAAUGGCUGCCUCUUUGAGAAACUAUGAAAGGUCUAUACAUGAAGCAGUGAAAAAAAGUGUAGAAGUGAGCCAGUGGUGAAGCUGCCCAUGGCAACCAAUCAGUGUUGAGGUAACAUUCAUAAAAUGCAUUGUAUAAAAUUAUACGUAGCAGCUGAUUGGUUGCCAUGGGCAACUUCUCCACUUAGUCACUUUUCACUGUUUCAUGAAAAGACUCCUAUAUCUGCUGCAUAAACACAGCUGUAUGAUAGGAGCAUGGGAUUACUAAGGAAAUAUGAGCUUGUACUGUUUUUUGUUAGUAAAUCUUUAUUUUUAGAUACUAUGCUUUUGAGGUGCAUUUUUUCUAUUUGAUUGUUUUAUGUAGUAAGACAGCUGUGUGCAGAAAGGCUUCUUAGCAUUUUAACUGACAUUUUAUCAAUGUAAACCACAUAAUGUACAUAACUUGUAGUUUAAUGGAAUCACUAGACAUUAUAUGCCGGGGUAUGUCACAAACGUAAGCUGAAAAGAAGCACUAAUUUUAGAAGGGUUUUGUUUUGUUUUUCGUUUUUUUGUUUUUGUUCUGUUUUUUUUUUAUACAAAUAACUAUUUUUAGGCAAAUUAUGAUUUUAAACUCUAGAUUGUAAAUAUAUUUUGCUAUAGCUGUAAGUGGCUGCUAAAGCACUUUGUAAGGAAAUUAGAGUAUUUUUAGGAUGGUACACUAUGCAUUGAUAUUAAAUGUGCCUUUAAGAAAUGUCAUUCUACAAUGGAGUGUUUUUGCAGUCAUUAAGUCAUAUGAAUGCACAAAUUAAAUCCUUUCAAAUAGA